AUGGCGACCCCAGUGCCACGAACGGAGCAUGCCGCCAUGGUAGACGCUCCGUUUGCCGGCUCCGAUCGAAAGCCGAGCCUGCACACGCUGCAGCCGCUCGUGCGCCUCCUUGUGAUCUCGCACAGGGAGAUCGAGUCCAUUCUCGGCGAGGCCCUAGGGCAUACCCUGACCAAGCUCACCGAUGAUCAGUGGAGAUUCCUAGGCGACAACAAGAACGCGUGGCGGACCUUGCUCUUUGCCCUCCUCUACCUCUUGCGAGAAGACGGCGGCAAGGCCACGCCCGGCAAGACCUUGACGAAAUUCGAGGAUCGGCUCACCUCGGAUGCGCCCGAGGGGUCGCAACGACGUGCUCAAGAAUACGAGCAUUUUCGUCGCGUAUCAGGGGGGCAAGACUCGAUCGGAUUUUCCGGUGUAAGUGACGUAUGGUUCGAGACACCAGCGACGAAACGAGCACGGGGCUGACGGCUCGUUGGUGGCACGCUGGUACGGGUUCCCUGAAUCGGUCCUCGCACAGGCGUGGGUUACCUUGAUCUACGCCGUUGAGGCAACCAAACGCAAUCGCCCUCCGAUCCCCCUGAUCCCCUACACCCCCAACUGGUGGGACGACCGUGCGAUGAGGAUCGUCGAGGCGCUUUUUGGAUGGAAAGACCGAGUCUACCAAAUCGUCGCGGCCUUUGUCGACAGUCGCUUCGUCUUCACCUCGAAUACACCCCCCCAGGACGACGAUGCGGACGACGCAAAGUACUCGCCACCCGCGAAAAAGGGCAAGGAUAUGGGCUCGUCACUCAAGUCCAGCGUCAAGAAGGCCGUUGUUGAGGCUGUCUACGAAGCCAGACUCGCCGACUCGCCCGACGACCAGGACGUUCGACUCCUUUCCGACCUGACCACAAAGAUCGCGAGUCUACACGACAAGACCUCGAAUCAGGCACAAAAGGCGGUAAACCUGUAUGAUCUAGCGUCGGUGGCAACGUCUACGUUGCAAGUUACGGUGCAAAUCAUCCGCGACAACUCGCCGCGGAUGCUCACACCGGACGAGCGCUCCCGUCUUGCCGAGCAGACGAUCUGCGACUGGAUCCGAGGGGUAUCACACCGCCCUCAUUGUCUCUUCCCGGCCCUCCACGCGCUCAAGGUUGCGAGCGGGCACACCCGAGGCCUUGGAUUGGUGAGUGGUGGCACCGCCGGCUCUCACCGCGUUUCAACGAGUCGACCCGGCCGUCAGCGGGCCGACGCGCUCCAAUGCGAGUGCAGUUGCACUGAUCCGAUUGUUCAACCAUCCGACCUCUUUGCACAGAAUUUGGGGGGCGAGUUCAUUACCAUGACCCCACGACGCACGUCUAUACUCAUCUACAAAGGUGAAGACGUGGCCAAGACCCUUGCUCGAAUGGCUUCGAUGCGUGUGGGUGCCUUGGCGAUCGCACGUCUCGAGCAACCCCGUGGACCACGUCGCAACCGUGCUACUCGCGCAGAUCGAGCCCCCUCUCUCCUCCGCUUACUCCUUUGUCGAGACCUCGACGAACUCGUGGGCGUCAAAGCGAGAAUGGAUCGAGCGCUGGGAGGUGCUGCGCCGUCACCUCAAUCAGCAGCUCGGGGAAGCGACCCCUCGUGCCACCACCGCCCCGGCCAACGUGGCACCGGCUCUCGCUACCGCCUCAUCAUCCACGGCCAAUCUCGAAGAGCCCUCACCCGAAACGACGCUCGAUCCUCCCCCUUCCAAGCGCGCCAAGAAGGCGGCCCCCCCCCAGCCGUCGGCCUGA